AGCUGUCACUCCAUCUUUGGCUGGGCGCUGCACGCUCGGUCUGUGACUGACGGACUCGCUCCCGCACCGUAUUCGUUCCCCUCCAAACAACAAACCAAAAACAACAAACCCAAGGCAAGAUGGUGGAAACCGUGUCGACAUCCGAUAACGCUGCUCUCGUCGUAGAACCGACAAUGGACUCUAUACUAAAGCAGAUGGGCUUGACUCACCCGGCUGAUCAUGCCUUGUUGAUGAAGCUGUUGCCUUGGAUCCAACAACAGAGACCCAAAUUCAUGUACACGAGCAUCCUCUCGUUGGCGGUCCUUCUUCAGAGGAUGGCGCGCGCAUUUGCGUGUCGCAGUACAAAUCCUACGACCGGGACGAAUAAUAAACCGGCUGUGGCCAAAACAAACAACAACAGCGCUAACACUGCAAAAUCCACAACAACCACAACACCUUCUGCCUCUCAUCAUACUAAGAACGCCACCAACAGUAAUGGAGCCACACCCAAGACAGUAGUACCUGCAGCAGCAACAAAACCAGCACCUGCAGUUGGUACCAGAAGACCUUCUCAGCAACAACAACCCUCAACACAGCCGGGAGCAUCGAGUAAUAGUAGCCGACCCAAACCUCGAAGAAAAUCAUUUCGAUCUCUCAAAAAGUUGGAUCUGAGCCCCAACGUGGUCUCAUCGUUGAAAGGUUUCGUGGCAGAUUUGGCACGGACACUUCCCUUGAUCCAGGAUCAUGCUGCCAAGUCACGUCGCAAAGCAGAAUCCAGUAGAAGUCAGUUAAAGGCAGUGGAUAUCAUUGAUGUUUGUCUGGAAUUGAUGGAAGGGGAAGUUGUGGGAUACAAGGCACCACCUCCGCCUCCACCACCACCUCCUUCUGCCGAUGGAUCUCCUGCAGCUAAUACUAAUGCUAAUUCUCCCGCGAGAACGGCUCCUCCCAAUGCCGCUAUGGAACUCUUUCGCUUGAUUUUGGAUGAUGGAACUUCCCACAAGGAACCCAAUGCCGAACCAGCAUCCACCAUGGACCAACACAAAUUCAAAACAUUCUGUGUCAAAACUCUAGAGAGUGCGCAAUCCAGGACCAUUGAAGUGGUCGAAUCCUACUAUGAUUUCAAGCUGUUAUGGAAUGUGGCAAGCGAACAAAACUCGGUGCGAUUUGUACCCACCACUGAAUCUAGGAUGAAACAACAAGAAAUGACCUGGAAGUUGGCCUAUUACAUCAUUUGGAAACGACAGGAAGAACAACCACAGUUGUGUUCCAGAAGGGAACGAAUCAUGGCCGUGGCAUCCAGUAUGCUCGUCCUCAGUGUGCUGCCCUUGGCGUAUCGACCUGAAAAUAACGCCACAACAAACAACAAUAAUAACAAUAAACGUCCUUUGGAGGAAACAACAACAACAACAAAUGGGACAACACCCGCCAAAAUGCAAAAGACGAGCUCCGAGGGAGGUGUCCAUGCCGGUGGUGCUACACCACCAACCCCCGACAAGGAAUCCCAUGACCGAUGGAAAAAACGACAAGAUACACAACAAAUCAUUGUAGAUGCCGCAGGGCAAGCAAGCUCAUUCUUGUGGUGGGCAGGACAAUCCACAACAAGUGGAGGCGGGCCGGGAUUUGCAGUUACUGCUGCACCAGGAAAUACGGAAAUAAAACCAAAGGAAUUGGAACUGGAAAUAUUCAGGGUGGUGAAAGAUCUUGCCGCGUUUGCCAAUGUGUCGGCCACGGCUUCAUCAACAAACAAUUGGUUGAAUCUUCUCAAAUCUGCUAUUGGGACGCAAACGACAACACCAACGGGAGGAGCAACCACGCGCGAGGCCGCUGAAGAGGGUCUCAAAAAGCUUGUCGUCUUGGCAUUCGCAGAGAUGCAACGUGACGAAGAAACGCGUCGGGGGACACGAGUGGAGGCUGUCUCGUACAUUGAGGAAUUCACAAUGAUGGACCAAGAGAGCAUUGUUCGUUUUGUCAACAAUUUGUGCAAGGUCACUGGAGCGCGGCAAAAGGAAAAGAAUGAGUUGAUUGCAUGUAUUCCAAUGACAGUGCUCCCGCCUGAAAUGUCAGAUAGCAAAGCAGAAAUCAGAAGAAAGUCUGUAGCUGGCAGCACCAUGACAGAGUACCAAGCAAAGCCAUCAAACCCACGAACGCUCGUGAUGGAGGAAUCGCACAGCACUUUUGUAUCCCACAACCGAGCAGUGGAUCCUCCUGUAGUGACUGAACCCAUGGAAUUGAAUGAAUGGACGAUUGCGCUCCUGGCAUCUCUCGCGCAAAUUCAACCCAGUGAAAACUUGAGAUCCAUCCUGAACCAAGCUUGUGUUGGAGGUGCCAACGGCGAAGAUCCUUCGUCCAGAUGGGCCAGUGUCAUCAUUCCAUUACUCACGAGAUUCUUGAGUCGCAUGCAGCAAACGGUUGCCGGGGGAGCACCGGGACCUCUACCCGUGACAGUGACUCCUGAUGGUGCUUUGAAUACUUCCGAGCGAACGCAAGAUACACAAUUGUGGGCUUCCGUGAUACAGCUGUAUUACUUUGCACUCGAGGCAAUCUUCACCGCAGAGAGAAAGGCUAUCAAUGCCACGGUUGUGCUGAGUGCGCCCUUUCACGAAGCCGUGUUGGCUUGUUCGUAUCUCUGCGCAGUUCGGGCGGUGUCCAUCACGGGGAAAAUGAAACUGCUGAGACUGGAGAAUCAUCAAAUCUACACCAUCUUACCAAUAACGGGGAGCACUCCAUACUCGUAUCUGAAGGUCACCGAAUCCUUCUUGAGGGGCAUGACUGUCGAUGACUCUAUGGACGGUACAUCACAAAAGCCCGUGAACGGCCUCGGAUCAUUGCCACGAAUCCUUCAGAUGGAAGUUAAGAAUUCUGAAGGCUAUGUAAUCGAGUCGUUGCUGUGGAUACGAGACAAUCGGCGGCCGAUGGCAGAAGGCUGCAUUGUGAACACGAUUGCGGAGCUCAAGCAGGCGAAUUGCUGGCCACCGGACUGUUUGAGGCCAUCGCUCCCAGAGGAAAGCGAAGAGGCUGCUACGAUGGGAAGCGUGCAAGAAAAGCCAAAUCAACCCGAGUACGCGUUCGUGACCUUUGUAUCGAGGAAAUUGCUGAAAAUUGCAUUUUAUCGGAUACAGACUCUUUGCAAGGGUUUGUCGAUUCCGACCGAGUAUCCAGUAGCUUCGCAGGUGUGGCUUGCUUUUCGAUUCCUUCUGCGGCACCAGGUGGAGCUCCUGUAUGGGCGGCAUAUCGACCAGUGGAUUCUUUGCACAAUCUACGGCGUUUGUAGGGUCAUGAAGUAUGAACCCGCCGUCACCUUUGCGCGUAUUAUCGAUGUGUACGUGACGUUGAGAACCAGCGAACUCGGAGAAGAGACAUGUCAGGCAAUCGUAAGACAUGUCAAGAUCUUGGAUGCCGCUGGCGAAGAAAACGGGGCAGAUCCAACAUACGGAUCAACCAAAAUGGGGGAUAUCAUACGCUUGUACAAUCUUGUAUUCGUCCCUAUCAUGGUCAGUUACUUGUUAAAAAGUAAGGCCUUGAAGAAAGAUGCAUUGGCAUUGAAAGAAAUGAUGGCGACUUCAGCGCCUUUGGAUACCAAUGGCCAGGUUCCUGCGGCUGCACCAGCUGCCGUCAAAGAGGGCAACGUGACAGUGCAAUUGACUGUGGGGAGUGCCCCAGGAAACGUGAAGGUGACCAAGGACAAGCAGAAAGGCGCUGAACAGCCCAGCCAGCCACAACAGCAAAACGUUCCUGGAGUCAGGAGAUCGUCCGAUCUCAACAGAACUUUUCUCCAAUUUGGAAAACCCACCAAGAAUAUAACACUUGCCAAUGAAAUGGUUGCCCGGGCAGCCGGGCCUUAGUUCAAGGGAAACGCGUAUUCGCUUCGUGGAAGAUUUGGGCAUGUCGGCGUCACCGGGGCAAAGUUGCAGCCAAGCAGUGGAGCGGGGAAGGGAACGGGCAGGGCAUUUCUACUACCACGAAAGUUUUGAUAAGGGAACAAAUAGUCAAGCAACAUCGGUACCACCUCCGUUCAGUACGCGUCUGUAAUGAUUCUAGCUAGAAAGCUGGAAACCUCUAGACUUGUCGAUUCACCGUGAUUCAUCAACAAAGACAUGAAUUGGAUUGAUUCGUAACUUAGCUUGCAUUUGACUAGUAGCUAAUAUAACACUGCAGGCGUCGUCCGAAGUCUGCAUGCCAGCGAGUUGUUUUCAACAAAUACUAGUAGGCUGGCGACUGACCAUGGGUUGUUCAUGGCUACGAUAAUAUUCGAUGUGGAUACAGCACAGGUGACUCGGUCCGCCGCUUGCAUCUCCAUCGAAAAAUUCAAUACUUGUUGUGCCUUAUCCACAAGCCCCGAGUACCGAAGUCCAGAGCAUGUCGCCGCACCCCAAAAACGAAUCUGUAGCCUCUUCAUCUUCGUGCUUGACUGCUUCGGAUGAACUCGCUUGGCUGCUUGCAUUGACUUUGCCGGAUGGUGUUCCUGGUCUGCUGGCAUUGUCGCCCUCGUCGGUCGCAGUGCUGACAUCGGUGGAUGUCCGUAAUCGGUUCAUCUUGGGACUGUUGUUGUUACUACUGAGCAACUGGGUCAUGACCCGAUCUUCUUCGUCCUGCGACAAAACGGGUUCAAAGGACGGCAGUCUCGGCCGCAACGGGCCCCCUGUCCGCACAAACGACUUGCGCAUAGAGCUUCUUUCCGUGUGAUCAGCUUCGUGGUUGUGGCUAUUGAUCUCCGGAAUGAACUCGUCGUCCGACUCUUCACGCGAGGAGCUAGAAAGUAACGUAGAGCAUAGCGAUGGGAGUUUGAUGGGCCAAAGCGACCUUGUCUCGUCGGAUGAGGGACUUGACGCCACUGCCGCAAUUUUGUCAACUGCGUCGUUGGUGGAUGUCUCCUCUACGUAAGCGACUGGUAUGGGCUGUUCGUCGGGAGUAGUAGCUUCCUCAGUAUCCUUCGGACUACUAAACUCAUCGUUAUCCGCUUCAUCAGCUUCCGUCCCCGUUUGUCCCAAUUUGACGAGCUCCAACUCGUAAGGAUGUUCUCCCAAUUUGUAGGGACUGGAUCCUCCAAAUUCUUGCGCCAAUUGAUCGUUAUCAAUGUACUCUUCUAGAAACUUUUGAGAGUCCCUAGACCCCAGUACUUCAAUGACGAUUGUUUUGGGUAACACUGGUUUGAUAAUGCUGAAGACGUGUGCCAUCCAAAAGGGUGCAUUGAUCAUGAAUAUCUUCUUGACGUGGAGUGGAUAAUGGUCGUCAUUGACUUUUGAAAUCAUGGUCAAGUAGUGAAUUACGUCGGUGCUCAAAAACUCGGACACCUUUGCUCCGCUGAGGUCAAGCACUCCCAUCAUGCCCCAAUCGGUGUUGGUUGUUGUAGUAUCUGCACGAUCCGCCAUGAUCCUGGGAUGCAACACAUUGGCGACGUACUCCAACACAAAGAUAUCAUGAUGCAUAAUAUCUUCAUUGGUGAUAUGCGAAUGGAACAUAGUUUUCAGAUCCAUUCGUCCAGGAUGCUCGUACAUGACAGCCCAACCAUCCUUGCUAUACCCGUGACAAACGUGUGGAUACGCCUUCUUAAUGUCGUUGAAGCAAGGAUCUGGUUUGGUAUGAAUCCUGUGGACAUUGCGUUCCUCUCUCCACUGUUGAUGUGUCUCCCAUUGCUUCUGAGCCCGUUGUUUGUUGUCAUGACAAAAGUCCAGAAAGUUGUUGGGUAGCUUCGUCGAGGUCUCUCCAGCAGGUACAUGGGCGGGAGUCUUAUCAGCGUACAUGAUUCGUCCUCCAAUGUAUUUUGCAAUCUGCUUGGUCUGUUCUUCCUCUGAGAACGCAAUGCUGCGCUGAAUGGAUGUUGAGAAGUCCACGUUGGUAUCUUGUGUGGACCGUUGGUUGUCCUCUUUCUGGUUGUCUUCUUCUUGCCGUUGUUGCCUCUGAUGGGUGACUGUGACCCCACGAUCAUUAACAGUGAUGCUGCUAUUAUAUGCCUCAUCGCUCUCAUUGCAAGUCCCAAUAUCCUCGUGCUGCUGUCCUUGGGAACAGUCUUGGCGACUGGAGCUCGCAAACUCUUCUUCUCGCUUCUUUGGCUCGAUCUUCGUGACGGUAGAUUCUUUGG